AGAGAUACUCCAGGAAAUUCAGCGUCUCAGGCUGGAACAUGAACAAGCCUCUCAACCCACCCCUGAGAAAGCCCAGCAGAACCCAACUUUGUUGGCCGAACUCAGGCUUCUACGACAGAGGAAGGAUGAAUUGGAACAGAGGAUGUCUGCGCUUCAGGAAAGCAGAAGAGAGCUGAUGGUGCAGCUUGAGGGGCUGAUGAAACUGCUCAAAUGUGUGUUUCCUCUUGCCCGAGUGGCUGGACACGUGAAGGCGGCGUUGUGUGGAGCAGCAGAGGAUAUUGGUGUCGGGAACACACCGAUGAGGAGAGCACGGAGGCCACUGCGGGACGUUGUGGAGGAAAGAGAGCACGAGCACAAGUGGCAGGUUUUCAAGACUCGACUGGACAGAGCUCUAAGCAACCUGGUCCGAGAUUAA